CCUUGCCCCUCUGCCCCUGAUUUUAACUUUCAGGGCGAUGCAGAUGGACCCCCCUGAGGGCAUUUUGUGGAGACUCCCCACCGUGCAGGAGCCGCGUGUCACGGCCAAUGGAAGCCGUGAGAAUUGUGGCCUCGAGCUUGCAUUCUUUCGUCGGGGGGGCGACAAGCGGUCAAAAGGUCGUCUGGACCACCGCUGUGCAGUUGGUGGGCUCGUGCUAUAUACCUUUUUAGUGUGCUGCUCACAAUGAGACUGUCUCAAGCAUCCAAGACGUAUCUUGACCUUCCAACAUUCGCGGAGCCAGGCGAAUACAGCAUCGUGAUCUGCGCCGACGACGAUGAGUAUGCUGGGAGGAGCAAGAUUUUGCAGAAGUUCACGCUCAACGAUGAUCCCAGUAGCGCCUCGGACAAUGAUGACCGCUGCCGCAAGCUGAUGGACAUCUCGGGCGCGGCCACGGCCGUCGAGCUAUUGGAGCUGGGCCCGGAGACGGACACGGCCAUGCUGAGGUAUCAGGUCGAGUACGCCGACGCAUUUGCGUUCGUCUUCAGCCUGUACUCACCCAAGACGCUCGAGACUGCUCAGAAGCUGCGUGACAAGGUCGCGGGCGCGGCGAGGAAUCACCACAACAUCAUCACCAUGUCCGACUAUGAGAGGCCCGGGAUGACGGUGCCCGUGUUCCUGAUAGGGAACAGGGACGAGGACUUGGCUCCUCCACAGGAGCUUGAGGAGGGCGACUUCUCACCAACAGCUUUCAAUGAGAACGCCGAGGCAGAGUUAAAGGCACUGAGAGAGAAAGGGCGGGCGGUGGCCCAGGAGUGGAAGUGUGCGUACUUCGAGGUUGACACGUCCAAGAGCGGCGAGCACGGCGUGGACGAGGCCAUCACCGGUAUCGGACACAUCAUCAAGGCGGCAGAGAGACCAUCGACCUCGUCCACAGCAUCAUUCCGAACUCCUAUGAAGCCGCCCAAGCAGUACAGGAUACGGCGCUUCCUAGGGCGGAUGAGCAGGAUGACGAGCUUCACUAAUUAGGGCUAUAUCGGUUGGGGGGUGGGGGGCUGCAGUGGCUGGCUGGGGCUGGCUCGGGCACGUUUUUCUCCUUAGUAACUAAUGGCAUCGGAAAGCAGCAGCAGCAUCUGGUGGGUACUUGAGUAAACAUAGAGGAGUUCUGGAGUGAGGCCAUGCAACACGGGGGGGAGCACACACAUACCGGCAGUCUGAUACUAUACACACAAGAAUGA